UCACUUAUAGGACAUAAGCAAAUAUACACAAAACAAAUCUUAUUAGUGGUUACCAGGGGUGACAGGGAGGGGGAAGGAAGAGUUUUUGAUUAGGAUCAUUGAGUUUAUGUGAAAAGUAGUGGAAUGAUUUGGAACAUAAACCGUGAAAUGCUUGCACAGCUUGAAUAUAAGCAAUGUAACAAAUGCACAUGUAGAAAUUGUUGAAAUGGCGUGUUUUAUUAUGUAUAUUUGCAACACAAUAAAAAAAUAACAUGAAGAUCAAUAAAAAGGAAAGAAAAGCUCUGUGGAAUUCUCGCUCUACAUACACACACACACACACAUAUUUUUCUUCUAAAAAAAAAUGAGUAAAGAAUCCCUGAGAACAAAAAGCACAGUCAAUUACCCCCCGUUUUUAUUGGUCCAUUUCUUGUGGUGAUCUCAUAAGGAGCCAAUUCUUUGGAACGCCAAGUCCCUAUAUAAGUACCUGGAAACCUAGGUUUGUGGUCUUUCUAGCUCAGGAAGCUCCUUCAGUGACCUGAGACAUCGUGACCAAACUUGGCUUGUUUUCUCUUUAAAUUGUGGUUUUUCUAUUUCCUCGCCAGCUAUUCUUAUUUUCUCUUUGUUUUUCCUCAUUUGCAUUCAUUUGUUUUUCAUUUUAUUCUUCCUUUACAUCCUCAAUUUUUCUUUUUUUCUAUGUACUUGUUAAUUUUUUUAUCAUCUUACUAUUAUUGUUUUAUUUUGUAUUUUUCUUAUCCUCAUGUUAUUUAUUCCUUUUUUGAAUCUUUCUCAUUGAUUUCUUGUUUUGUUUAUAUAUACAAUUUAUCUUAUUUUUAUCAGUUUUUAAAAUUUUACUUCCUCUAUUCUCAUUUUACCUUUUUGAUUAUAUUUUAACUUUUUCUCAUUUUUUCCAUAUUUCAUUAAGUUUUUAGUCACCACUUUUUAGGGUUUUGGGUUUUUAAGUUUUUAAUCCUACCACAAGCGCACCUCUUAUCCCAAAGCCCGCUACGCCUUCAUACCAUAGCCAACAUGUUACAGAGCCACUUAGCCUUCUCUGCUGUGGAGGAAACUCAUGUGGGACGCUACCACCUCCUCAGAACCAUCGGCAAGGGGGCAUCUGCCAAGGUCAAGCUGGCCCAGCACAUCAUCACCGGCCAAGAGGUAGCCAUUAAAAUAAUUGACAAGAUCCAGCACACGUCCUCUGACCUCCACAGACUAUACAGAGAGAUAGAAAUUAUGAAGGAUCUCCAUCAUCCAAAUAUUGUAAAGCUGUUUGAAGUCAUAGAGAAUGAGCACGCCCUCUAUAUAGUGAUGGAGUAUGCAAGUGGAAGGGACCUCUUUUACCACCUAGUGAAUCAUGGCUUCAUGAGCGAAAAAGAGGCCCAAACGAAAUUCCAACAAAUAGUGUCAGCGGUGAAGUACUGCCACAACAAGGGUAUUGUUCAUAGGGAUCUGAAAACAGAAAACCUACUGUUGGACAAGCGAAUGAACAUCAAACUUGCAGACUUUGGUUUAGGAACUGAAUUCACCCCAGGGAGCAAGCUGGAUACCUUCUGUGGCACUCCCCCUUAUUCUGCCCCAGAACUCCUUCAGGGAGAAAAGUAUGACGGACCCCCAGUGGAUGUGUGGAGCCUGGGAGUCAUCCUAUACUUCAUGGUAAGCGGAUGUCUGCCUUUUCGUGGGAAGACCUUGACGAAGCUGCGAGAGCAGGUGCUGCAGGGACAAUAUCACGUUCCCUUCCACAUGUCUAGCCAGUGUCAACACCUGCUCAGUAAAAUUUUCAUUCGUGACCCAAGAAAGAGAGCCACAUUAGAGGACAUCCUAGCACAUCUAUGGAUGAAGAUGAGCCAUGAAGAAAAACAAAAGCUCUAUGUGCAGCCACUCCCAGACUACAAUAACCCCUGGCACACUGAGGUGACGGUGAACACGGGUUACAUGCAGGAAGACAUUCAUGACUCACUGUUGAACCACAAUUACAAUGAUGCGAACGCCACCUAUCUGAUCCUGCGUCACGAAACAUAUGACAUUGACAGCCACACCAGCAUCCUGGAACCCCAGGCUGAAGCCCAUUGCACCGAUAGCCACACUCCUUCCUCAUCCCAUGAAGUGCCUCCUACCGUCUGUCCUAAACCCAAACAGCGUAGUUACACCGAACCCACCAUUCCCACCUUUGGUUACUACAUCCGCGAUGCUUUGAACACUCUAUCUGAGGGAGGGAUGGGGACAUCCAUGGUGUCUACUUCUCCAUCAUUCUCCCUGGCCCUGGCCCACCUGCGGCAGCAAUCUACCACAGCCUGGGCACAGCCCAACCAGGACUCUGACCUGUAUGCCAAGGUGACAAACAGUGAGGUGCCACAGCCCAUCACACCACCCCAGUGUGUUUCUGUGCCUUCCUCCUCAGCCUACACCAUCAACGAGAGUGCCGGGGCCCCGGAGAAAACCAGUUUUACCCAGGAAUGUCAAAACUAA